CUUAGAAGGGUGAUCGGGUGUCCCCAGCGCCUCCGGGGGCCCUGAGGGCCGCCCAGGGUCAGACAGGCGACCUAGACCUGUCUAGGAACCCUGGCGAUGCCCUGCCACGGAGUGUCACCUGGCCAAAGCCCCUGCAGAUCCGGCCGAGAGCCAGCGCCGCCGGUCAGGUCUUGGGAGGCCUCCCACCGCCACCGGGGACUGCUUUGGAUGGGCCUGGGCCUGACUUUGGCUCUCGCUCUACCCGACUCCCUCUUUGUCGGGACGCCGGCCCAGGCUCACCCUCUUCCUGCCCAAAGCCACCCUGCGCAGUUCAAACGCGUAGUGCCCCGGCUCCGGAAUGCUCUGGGGUGGUGGAACCUCACCUGCCCUGUCUGCAAAGGCCUGUUCACUGCCCUCAACUUCGGGCUGAAGAAGGAGCCCAAUGUGGCCCGGGUGGGCGCUGUGGCCAUUAAGCUGUGUAACAUGUUGAAGAUAGCACCACCCACUGUGUGCCAGUCGGCAGUCCACCUCUUCGAGGAUGACAUGGUGGAGGUGUGGACACGCUCGGUGCUGAGCCCCUCCGAAGCCUGUGGCUUGCUCCUGGGCCCCACCUGCGGCCACUGGGACAUAUUCUCCUCCUGGAACAUCUCUUUGCCGGCAGUGCCCAAGCCACCCCCAAAGCCGCCCAACCCUCCCAGCCCAGGGGCCCCGGUCAGCCGUGUCCUCUUCCUCACUGACCUGCACUGGGAUCAUGACUAUCUGGAGGGCACAGACCCCAACUGUGAGAACCCAUUGUGCUGCCGUAGGGGCUCCGGCCCACCCCCUGCCUCUCAGCCAGGGGCCGGGUACUGGGGUGAAUACAGCAAGUGUGACCUGCCCCUGCGGACCCUGGAGAGCCUGCUGAGCAGCGUGGGCCCGGCUGGCCCUUUUGAGAUGGCAUACUGGACAGGUGACAUCCCCGCCCAUGACGUCUGGCAGCAGUCACGUCAGGACCAGCUGCGGGCCCUGAACACCGUCACGGCCCUUGUCAAGAAGUUCCUGGGACCUGUGCCCGUAUACCCUGCUGUAGGCAACCACGAGAGCACACCUGUCAAUGGCUUCCCACCCCCCUUCAUAGAGGGCAACCACUCCUCCCGUUGGCUCUACGAGGCGAUGGCCAAGGCGUGGGAACCCUGGCUGCCUGCUGAAGCCCUCAGCACCCUCAGAAUUGGGGGGUUCUAUGCCCUUUCCCCACGCCCCGGUCUCCGCCUCAUCUCUCUCAAUAUGAAUUUUUGUUCCCGUGAGAACUUCUGGCUCUUGAUCAACUCCACAGAUCCCGCUGGACAGCUCCAGUGGCUCGUGGGGGAGCUUCAGGCUGCUGAGGAUCGAGGAGACAAAGUGCACAUCAUUGGCCAUAUUCCCCCAGGGCACUGUCUGAAAAGCUGGAGCUGGAAUUAUUACAGAAUUGUAGCCAGGUACGAGAACACGAUAGCUGGUCAGUUCUUUGGCCACACUCAUGUGGAUGAGUUUGAGGUCUUCUAUGAUGAAGAGACCCUUAGCCGGCCGCUCUCCGUGGCCUUCCUAGCACCCAGUGCCACCACCUACAUCGGCCUUAAUCCUGGUUACCGAGUCUACCAAAUAGAUGGCAACUACUCAGGGAGCUCUCAUGUAGUCCUGGACCAUGAGACCUACAUCCUGAACCUGACCCAGGCAAACGAACCAGGAGCCAAGCCACACUGGAAACGCCUCUAUAGUGCACGAGAAACCUAUGGGCUGCCCAAUGCGCUGCCUGCUGCCUGGCACGACCUGGUAUACCGCAUGCGGGGUGACACACGACUCUUCCAGACCUUCUGGUUUCUCUACCAUAAGGGCCACCCACCCUCAGAGCCCUGUGGCGCACCCUGCCGCCUUGCCACUCUGUGCGCACAGCUCUCCGCCCGCUCUGACAGCCCAGCUCUAUGCCGCCACCUGGUGCCCGAUGGGCAUAACCCAGAUGUCCAGAGCCUGUGGUCAAGGCCUCUGUUCUGCUAAGAGUCCCAGAGCGCAAAGCCGGGAAGCUCACAUCUUCAGAAAGAAGCGAAAACUCAGUGUGGAUGAGAUUCAACCCUUCAAGGACAUGCCAUGGAGACCCAUCCAGGGCCUCAAGCACAUCAGGAUAACAGGCCCCUUUCUGCUGGGGCUGGUUUAGCUGGAUGCAGGAAGAGUUUGCUCUGCCCUUGCUUGCCAUCCAGUUGCCCUGGGGCUGCCAAGGUUCAUGGCCGUGGAGCUCAGGCCUAAGCUGACAAUGCCCUGGGCAUCCCAGACUGGAGGUCUCACCCCAGGCCCGUUUGCUGUCCAGCGUGGAACUCUGCACUGCUGCCUGUUACUUGAUGUUGCGGGGCUGUUAAAAUAAAGAGACUGGGACUCCA